AGACUCCUUUCCCCUCCCUCCCCUUUCCUUUCUUAGCUCCUUUUAUCUUCUUUAUAUUUGACUUCCCGACACCCAAACGUGAAGCGCCACUACGCAACAACAAUAACGCCAUCCCGCCCCAGCUGUUCUUAUCCAUCAUCAUCUUUGUGCCCAAAAGAGGGGGAAAAAGAAAACCCACAUUUUAUCUGAACUCUCUGAAAAGAAAAAUCAAAUCUUGGAGAUAAAUCUUUCCCAGCAGUUCAAGAGAAGAUCUACUAUACUAUACCCAAAGAUCACAGAAUUAAUCUUCAUUUAAUUGCUUGGAGUCCAUUUUAUUUGGGUGCUUGCCUUAAUUCAUUUGGAUCUGAAUGAUGGGUAUGUUUGAGGAAAUGGGUUUUUGCGAAAAUCUCGAUUUCCUCUCGGAUACCCCUGGUUGUACCGAAAUUGCCCUCCCACAAGUGGAAACCAAAGCAUCUGUAGCAGUUGAAGAUGAGGAAGAGAGUGAUGAAGACAUGGAUGUGGAUGAGCUUGAGAGGAGGAUGUGGAGGGAUAGGAUGCGUCUGAGGCGGCUGAAGGAAAAGAACAAGAGUAUUAAGGAGGGUGGUGGUGGUGGUGGUGGUGGCUUGAAGCAACUCCAUUCCCAGGAACAAGCGCGCAGGAAGAAGAUGUCCCGUGCCCAGGACGGAAUCUUGAAGUACAUGUUGAAGAUGAUGGAGGUUUGUAACGCCCAGGGUUUCGUUUACGGGAUUAUUCCGGAAAACGGGAAGCCGGUGAGCGGCGCUUCCGACAACCUCCGCGCUUGGUGGAAGGAAAAGGUGAGGUUCGACAGGAACGGGCCCGCCGCCGCAGCGAAGUUCCAAACCGAGAACAACAUCCCCGGGAGCAUUGACCGGUCAACCGUUGCGGUAUCGACCCCUCACACUCUGCAAGAGCUCCAGGACACCACGCUCGGCUCCCUGCUCUCCGCUCUAAUGCAACACUGCGACCCUCCUCAGAGGAGGUUCCCCUUGGAAAAGGGGGUGGCCCCGCCGUGGUGGCCCACAGGGGACGAGGAGUGGUGGGCCCAGCUGGGUAUGCCAAAGGACCACGGGCCGCCGCCCUACAAGAAGCCCCACGACCUGAAGAAGGCUUGGAAAGUCGGUGUCCUCACCGCGGUGAUCAAACACCUGUCGCCGGACAUCCCCAAGAUUCGCAAGCUCGUCCGGCAGUCAAAAUGCCUGCAGGACAAGAUGACAGCAAAGGAGAGCUCUACUUGGAUUGCUAUAAUCAACCAAGAGGAGUCCCUGGCUAGGACGCUGCAUCCGGAUACCUACCCAAACAGGUCUUUCCCUGGGGUAGUUAGUAAUCCGGAUGCAGGCGAUUAUGAUGUGGGGCCCUUAUUAGCUCCGGUGAAAGGAGAGAUUCUCGACGUGGACUCGGAUUUCCUCGAGAAGAAGAGGAAACGGGACCCACUCGGCGAGGAGCGCAGAGAUCUUAAGAGAACAUAUACAUAUCAGUAUUCUCAUUGCCCUUUUAGCAACCUGACCAACCCAAAUGUUUCGCCUAGCUUCGGGCUUCCCGAAGAUGGUCAGAAAAUGAUUUCAGAACUCAUGUCAUUCUACGACCACACGUUCCAACAAAAUGGGAACAACUUCAAUCCGGUCGAAGCAGCGGACCACAACAACCUGCUGCAGCCCACGACAGCUCAGCAGCAACUCCAACUGGAUGACUUCUUCAAACAGACAACCCGUUUCCCGUCUGCGGAUGCCCAGUACCCGUCUCCAUUCGACCCGAAGCCGAUUGAGUUCGGGUUCGACUCCCCAUUCAUUUUGGGUGGAGUUGACUACUCCGCGGACCAGCUGCCAAAGCAGGACGCGACCACUUGGUACGUCUGAAUGAGAAAAACAAACUUAGCUGAAUAUGAAUGUCAUUAUGGUCCCUACAAGUGCAGUUUCUGGAGAAGGAAGAGGAGGGCGAAAAUGUCAUUGUACAUAAGAAACCAAGAACCGACAUCCCGUUUCCGCCACACUGUAUGUACUGUUACGCCAUGCUCGUUUGCUUAUUUUCGUUUCGCUUUGAACGCGUUUUUUUAUUACGUAAAAUCAUGAAACUUGUGUACGAAAGUACGUGUAUUUGGAUUUUUGGACGAUUAUGAGACGCGGUAAGUAACUAUAUGUUUUAUCGGACCAUAUUUAUUGUGUUCGUGUUGUUGUGUUUAUUUUAUUUACUGUGGGAUUUUACUGGAUUUGUUGUUGUACGACACGAAUAUGUUAAAAAUAAUGUAGUUUUUUAUUU